AGUUUUGAUCUGACAACGUUAAGAGCGUUAAAAAAGAGUUCUCCGUACUUUAGUACAAAAACAGAGUGCAUUUAAAAUCAAUGCAUAUAUAAACUGGUUCUAUACCUCAACUUGGUAUGAAAAAGUGAAUAUUCAACAAAAAAAAAAAAGACAAUUCGCGUUGUUUGAUAUAAAGCGUAAGACGCUUACGUGAAUAGCAAGAGUUCAUUGCACGUUACAAGAGGACACACACAAAGAAAACAGAAAAAAGGCAAAGUGAAACGACCUCGCACAAAGUACGCGCGCAAAAGCAACAAUAAAACAGAACUAAUCAACACAGCACAGCCCACACAUAUCGGCAGUGCAACCUACAUAAUCCGCCUUUCUAAAAAAAUAUAUACAACAACAACAACCACUACAAAUAUGGACGUUUGGGGCGUAUUUGUUGGCGACUCGACGCUGUCUUAUGGGGGCUCGAUGCGCAACAACUAUUACCGUGACUACGAGCAGUUCCCGUAUGGCACGUUGGAGCACGCAAGCAGUGCCAGCGCAUAUCCGGCCAAGGACUCCUACAGUCGAGUGCAAGAAAAAUGUAAGCAACUAAAAUCGGAGAAGCAGCUGCGCAAGGAUUGCCCAUUCUGCAAAGAGCACAAGAAACGGCCAUUGAUCAACUACAUGCGCAAGCGAGAAUCUCGUAAACAUCACGAGAGCAUCUGCGAGGACGAGGAGGAGAUGCACGAGCACGAGUACGAGCACGAGCACGAAGUGCAACAUCAAAUGGCGAAUCUGACAACUGUUGUGCCAACGCAGCAGAGCUGCAAGGUUUAAGCACAGCAGCAAAACUAAUCAGAUUUAAGAGGAGAGACAGACAGGUGGCAAAAUAAAAGCCAAAAAAUAAAAUGAAAAAACAACAGCAGCAGCAAUUCACAAUGCCAUAUAUAGUUAGAUAAAGACAAAAGAAAAAACAGAAAAAAAAAAUAUUAAAUGAGAAGAAGCAUUGUAAAAGAUGCUUAAAGCGCCUGCUGGGCAGACUGCGCAAGUGAGAGCGAGACAACUACAAUAAUCUACUGCAACUGUACCUAUACUAACAAUUGCGUGCAUUUCCGCCUAUGACGUAACACUACCAUUUACAAAUAGCAUUUCCGCCUAUGACGUAACACUACCAUUUACAAAUAGCAGCAGCAACAAUAACAAGAACAACACAACUACAAACAGCAAAUACGAAAACAAAAACAAAUAACAGCAAGAACUUUUUGCCGUUUUAUGUUUUCUGUUUCUGUUUUGCUGUUUAACUUGAUACCAAUUUAUUAUACAAGCCGUUUACAACCUUUGUUUGUUUGUUUUUAUUUUAUGCGCAUGCAUAAAAAAAAAUGAACAUAGUAAUUUAGUUGACAUACAAUCCAAAAGCCGUUGCCCCGUUUGACUCAACCCAAGCGAACUGUGGCAACUGCAAAAACAAAAACAAUAGAACGGUUCGAGGGAAGCAAAAUCGCCAGAAAUACCAGAAAUAUUUUUCUAUUUUGCGUACGAGACUGAGUAAAAAA